AGGGAGGAGUUGGUCUCUCCCUCUCUCUCACUCCAGUUCUAAACUUUGACUGAACGAGAAAUGAGCGUGUCAGGCAGAAGCUAAGCGGAAUCUCUCUUAAAACAGGAACAAAGGACUGCAGUAAAAGUGGGAACUGUACCAUGUUUAAGGGAGUGCUGAAGAAAGGGCGAGAGGGAGGAGGAAGAACUGGCAAAAGAGAUGCAGGAAGUCAAUCCCUCAGUCCCAGUUUCCAUCACAGAGUUCAGGAAGAGGGGUUUGCGGUUAUUCAGAAUCAUGGCAGUGGGCCGCUGCCAGUACAGCCGUACCCUGCAGAGGAGAUGCUGAGGCCGAGUUUGACCAGAGGAGUGUCCGUCUCCCUCCCUUCCUCCCCCCUGCUCCCUCCCCGCCAACCAUAUGUUUCGCCAGUCUGGUCCAACAAGUCACCAGGUUCAAUCAGGACACCCAAAUAUGUGGAGAAUCCUCAUGUUUCUGGAGAUUCUGUCACCUGUGCUCUGAAGAACAGGAAAAAGAACAAUACUGGUUUUGUUACAUUGUGGACCAGAUGUCCCCACAAGGAUAGUAAAGAGAUAACCAGACAUAACCUACAUUUUAUGAAUCAAUAA